CACUCGUUCUGCUACACAGACUCUCUCUCUCUCUCUCUCUCUCUCUCUCUCUCUCACACACACACACAAAACACACACACACUAAAUACAAAGCAGAAGUGGAGAAAGACACACAGUUUCAGUCGCCGCGGUUGGCUAUGGCUCAGGGCUCUGACAGCAAUGACACAAGUUACAAGUCCCCAUCACCUGGAAGCAGGCCGAGCUCCUCGGAUGACGCGAAGAAGGUGAUGCGGCGAGAGAAGAACCGGAUCGCUGCUCAGAAGAGCAGGAUGAGGCAAACUCAGAAAGCUGACACCCUGCACUUGGAGAGUGAGAACCUGGAGAAGGAGAACGCUGCCCUGAGGAAGGAGGUGAAGCAGCUGACAGAGGAGGCCAAGUAUCUGACCACCAUGCUGAGCAGCCACGAACCUCUGUGCAGCGGCCUGACUCCUCAGACCCCCGACCUCCUCUACCCUCCUCAUCACAGCAGCUACCACCACCAGCACAUCACUGUGCCACACUACCAGCACUGACCUGAUCGACUACCGAGGCGGCCGAGGACGUGCUGCGAACUGACGACUGACCUCAGUGGAGAGAAAGACUGACUGGAAAUGUGUCUAUAAACGUUAAUCAUUGUUCUAAAACAUGAAUAUUGACAUGACCAGCAGGUGUGUCCGCCAAACAAUGACAGUAUGGACACCAAACUGUCACAAACAGUGUUCAAAACUAUUUAUUUUGCUUGUGCUCAUGUCUUUGCUUUCCCCUGAUUAAUAUCAGUGAUAUGUAUGUGAACUUAAAUGGCUCGAUGGGUAGAGUUAUGAGCCAGUCCAUGUUUACAUUGGGAGAAAAUGAACAACCUACUGUUUGUUCAGGUGACUCAGGCGGUACAGUGUUUUUGUACAUUUUUAGUGUCAUGGAGAGCACCUUUUGUCAUCCUGUCAUGUUUUACUUUCUCGUGUUUAUGAAUGUGUUUCAUUGUGUAAAUGUAGAUCGAUGAUGCUCAGGAGAUUUUGACAGAUUUGAUUGUGGACAAAGAGAAUGUAAAGUCGAUGUACCAAAAAAGAAACGUCUGUCCAGUGGAGGAUGGGCAUUCUAUGGGUCUCGACGUGUGUACUGGUGACAACGCUGAUGUGGGAGAAGACCCAGCAAAAUAUAUUUAUUAAAUGUGGUGCCUUUUAGGUGAUCAUUUCUGACCUCCACGUUUGUUAUUCAUGCCUCCGUGCAGUGUUUUGUCUUUGUCUGGACAGCAGAGUGAUUAAAGUCUGCACUGGGGUUUGAUAACAGGGGACACUUGACAAUCCACCUUCAUGUUUUAUUUCUCUGAUGAGGGAAUCCCUAGAU